GUGGAGUGUAAGAGAGAUGGAACCGACGUUGACUUAAAUGUUUUCCUUCUCAAUUUCUUCACUUUCCGUUUGCUUGUCUCAGAACUCUCAAAACCCCACCACACCCAGGAAAAAAAAUAAAUAAAGUUAGAGAGAGAAAGGUGAAAUUGAAUUGAAAAUACCCAGAAACAUUGCAUUUAGACUCUAAACACCUUUCUGGGUCUCCGAAAUUUGGGAGAAAAAUGGUGGAACAAACACCCUUUGUGGGGUUAAACGUGAAGAACGAUUGAAGUUGCCGUUUGGUGGUUUUCUCUUCUCUUUUUGUUGUUUGUCUCAAAUGAGCAAAAGAACCCAGAUAAACAGGUAAAUCAUAGGCCAGCGAGGUGUGGUCGCCAUGGAGACUUGUUAUUGCAUUGAGCCACAAUGGCCUGCUGAUGAGCUGUUGAUGAAGUAUCAGUAUAUCUCUGAUUUCUUCAUUGCGCUCGCAUACUUCUCAAUCCCGUUGGAGCUCAUUUACUUCGUAAAGAAAUCUGCAGUGUUUCCUUACAGAUGGGUUCUUGUUCAGUUUGGUGCUUUCAUUGUUCUUUGUGGGGCAACACAUCUUAUUAACUUAUGGACCUUCACCAUGCAUUCAAGAACGGUAGCAGUAGUAAUGACCACUGCAAAGGUUUUAACUGCUGUGGUAUCAUGUGCAACUGCCCUUAUGCUUGUACAUAUUAUACCAGAUUUAUUGAGUGUUAAAACUAGAGAGUUGUUUUUGAAAAACAAGGCUGCUGAAUUGGAUAGGGAAAUGGGACUCAUUCGUACCCAAGAAGAAACUGGUCGACACGUAAGGAUGCUUACUCAUGAAAUUAGGAGUACUCUUGAUAGACAUACGAUACUAAAAACCACUCUUGUUGAGCUGGGAAGAACUUUGGCUUUGGAAGAGUGUGCACUUUGGAUGCCAACUCGUACUGGAUUAGAACUUCAACUAUCCUAUACUCUUCAUCAGCAGAAUCCAGUGGGAUAUACUGUCCCCAUCAAUCUCCCGGUGAUCAGUCAAGUUUUUAGUAGUAACCGUGCAGUAAAAAUAUCCCCAAAUUGCCCAGUGGCGAGGCUACGACCUCUUGCUGGGAGAUACGUGCCUGGAGAGGUUGUUGCUGUUCGUGUCCCUCUAUUGCAUCUUUCUAAUUUUCAAAUAAAUGAUUGGCCAGAGCUUUCAACUAAGCGAUAUGCGCUUAUGGUUUUGAUGCUUCCAUCAGAUAGUGCUAGACAAUGGCGCGUUCAUGAGUUGGAGCUGGUUGAAGUUGUUGCUGAUCAGGUAGCAGUUGCUCUUUCUCAUGCUGCAAUCUUAGAAGAGUCAAUGAGGGCAAGAGAUCUCUUAAUGGAGCAGAAUGUUGCCCUUGAUCUAGCCAGGAGAGAAGCAGAAACGGCAAUACGUGCCCGGAAUGAUUUCUUGGCUGUCAUGAACCAUGAGAUGAGAACUCCGAUGCAUGCGAUUAUUGCCCUCUCUUCAUUAUUACAAGAGACUGAACUUACACCAGAGCAACGCCUGAUGGUUGAAACAAUAUUAAAAAGCAGUAACCUUUUAGCUACUUUGAUAAAUGAUGUUCUGGAUCUUUCAAGGCUUGAAGACGGUAGUCUACAACUGGACAUUGGGACUUUUAAUCUCCACGCCGUUUUCAAAGAGGUGCUUAACUUGAUCAAGCCUGUGGCACUAGUCAAAAAGUUGUCAUUGACCUUACAUUUGGGUUCUGAUUUGCCAAUAUUGGCCAUUGGUGAUGAGAAACGUCUCAUGCAAGCUAUUCUUAAUGUUGUGGGUAAUGCUGUGAAAUUUUCAAAAGAAGGUAGUAUAUCAAUCUCAGCCAUUGUUGCAAAAUCCGAAACCUUCAGAGAAAUUCGAAUUCCAGAUUUUCACCCUGUGCCAAGUGAUAGUCACUUUUAUUUACGUGUACAGGUAAAAGAUACUGGAUCCGGAAUUAGCCCUCAAGAUAUUCCAAAGUUGUUCACGAAAUUUGCACAAACUACAGUAGGACCAAGAAACUCUGGUGGCAGUGGACUUGGACUUGCAAUUUGUAAAAGGUUUGUGAAUCUUAUGGAAGGACAUAUAUGGCUUGAAAGUGAAGGUCUUGGAAAGGGAUGUACAGCCACUUUCAUUGUAAAACUUGGAAUUGCUGAUCAAUCAAAUGAAUCAAAGCUUCCCUUUACAUCAAAAAUUCAUGAAAACAACACUCAUACAAGUUUUCCUGGACUCAAAGUCCUCGUUAUGGACGAUAAUGGAGUUAGUCGGUCGGUAACGAAAGGACUUCUUGUACAUCUUGGUUGUGAGGUAACAACAGCAGGCUCAAUUGAGGAGUUCUUAAGAGUCGUCUCCCAGGAACACAAGGUAGUUUUCAUGGAUAUCUGCACUCCUGGUGUUGAUGGUUAUGAACUAGCUAUACGCAUUCGUGAAAAAUUUACGAAAUGCCAUGAAAGACCAUUCAUGGUAGUACUCACUGGGAACUCAGACAAAGUAACAAAGGAGAGCUGCCUCAGAGCUGGCAUGGAUGGGCUAAUACUAAAACCAGUUUCGAUUGAUAAAAUGAGGAGUGUGUUAUCGGAACUUAUAGAGCGUCGGGUUCUAUUCGAAACGUCUUGAAGGAGCAGAGGAUAGAGAAAGAUAUCUAACAGGCAGUUGUGUGUACAUACAAGGCAUUGUGGUGAUGAUCCUGAGAGAGUAAUUAGGGGACAUAGCCCAAUUCCAGGUUUCUAACAAACCUGAUUCGCCACUUGUACUAGAUAUACCCAAAAGGAAUAGGAGAAGAGAUGUGUGUAAAAACAUUUUGAAGAGUUCCUUGAAACAAGUUAGAUGUCAUCCUGUUACUUUGCUAUUUUUUUUCUUUUUAAUAGAGAAUGUUCUAUAUUUUCUUGACUUCA